AUGCAGAGUCUUAAUUUAAUAAUAUGUUUAUUGUUUUUAACCAUCAACAUUAAUUUGGUUCUUGGAUUUCCUCCGUUUUCCAAUUACGGCCAUGAGUAUGAAGUAAAUUACUCUCAAGGAGGAAAACAUAUGAUAACAAAUAUCAAUGGUGCGGAAGAAGAAAUAAUCACUGCUGACGAGCCAUUAAGCGGCCAUAACACUGAGUUUUUCACUGAUGAGAUUGAAAAGUAUCCAGAUUUAUUACCGUCUCUUGAAUACACGUUAGCUGACUUGGAAUUCUUGAACAAAGGAGACACGCAAUACUUCUACAUACCAUCUUUGCCAAAUAAUUAUGACAGUAUUAAUGAAAAAAUUUUUACAACAAAUAGAAUUUUAGAAUUACAAGAUAUUAUAGAUCAUAAAAAUUCUGAUGGAAAAGACAUAAUAAUAGAUUACGACGUUGAUGAUUAUUGGAGGCCUUCAUUAAACUUUGGAAAUUUUUAUGACCGGAAAACUUUACAAGAUAUCGUUCCAAUAUCAAAACGCGACACUUAUCAGAUUACUGCAUCUCCUGAAUAUAUUUUUGAAGAACCCGAUUAUACUAACUACAAUAAUUACAUGAAGCAAUUAGAAAUUGAUACACAAAAAGAAAAAGAAAAAUUGAAUAAUUCAAUUAUGCCAGAGGAAGAAAAGUCUCAGAAAUCCGAUAAAAAUCUUAACAUCACGCCAAAAUCUGCCGAGAGAAUUAAACCGAUAAUAGACAAGAGCUGUGAUGAUGGAAGAACAAACUUGGAAGUUGAUUGGGACUGCUCAAAGGGUGAUUACGAGUGCAAUGCUGAUGUUGAAAUACCACCAAACCAUCGCCCUUCGACUUUGUACUGUGAUCCAUCAGCUUCAGUUGUACAGCCAAAAACUCAUUGUAUGAAUGAAACAUUGGAAUACAGCGAGUUAAUUCCUGUUAUUGGUGACUACCGUCCAAUUGCCCCACAAUUAGGAGAGUACAAAUUUAUUCCUAAACAACGAUGGCUCAAUAGUUUAGACAAUGACGCAGUAGUGUUACUCUAUCAUCCGUGUGCUGAGAGAUCUGCAAUUAAUAAACUGAGAUUACUGAUAAUGAGAUACUAUGAACGUUAUAUUUUCACUCCGUACAACUUGGAAGAAACAGCGCCAUUCGCCAUAGUGGUCAAAGGAUGUCGUUUAGUAAUGUCACGAGUGGUACCAAAUGAAGUGGCGCACUUUUUACAGGACCAUGGACCUCAAAAAGUACCAUUGGGAGAGCCAAAUGACAAAAAAACCGAAAUACAAUUUGGGACUGAUUGA